AUGCUCUUCAACACCGUCAUCAAUGACAUCAACAGUGGGAUUGAGUGCAUGAUCAGAAAGUUUAUGGAUGACACCAAGCUGUGCGGUGCAGUUGACACAUCUGAGGGACAGGAGUGGGCUCAAGCAGUGGGCCUAGGUAAAACUGAUGAAGUUCAUCAAAUCCAAAAAAAGGCCAGACUAAACACCAUUUGCUUUUGUCUAGGUACUGACCUCAGUAUAGACAGCCUACCCCUUCCUCGAAAAGACCAUCAUGAUUGGGCCAUUUUCCAUGAGGAGUCACCAAAAAACAACUACAAACUUUUCCAUGAACCAGCUAUCACCUUAUUCAACCACACUGCAACUUUCAGCCGCCAUUCUCACCUACCGCUGACCACUCAGUACCUUGAGAACGUAGAGGUCCUCAGGUCCUUGAGACAUAUGAUCCCAGUGCAGGUGAAGAACAGCCUGAGGAAGCGGCUUGCACCACUUGUGUAUGUGCAGUCUGACUGCAAUGCACCUUCUGACCGGGACAGCUAUGUACGUGAGUUGAUGUGCCACAUUGAAGUAGACUCUUACGGAGAAUGUCUGCAUAACAGAGACCUUCCUCAGUAUCUCAGAAAUCCAUCUGCCAUGAAUGAUGGGAACUUCUAUAAAAUACUGGCACAGUACAAGUUUAUUCUUGCUUUUGAAAAUGCUAUCUGUGAAGAUUAUAUCACUGAAAAACUCUGGCGGCCUCUGAUGCUGGGAGUGGUACCUGUGUACUUUGGUUCUCCCAGCAUCAUAGACUGGCUUCCCAGCAACAAGAGUGCAAUCUUGGUAUCUAGUUUUUCACACCCUCGAGAGCUGGCCCACUAUAUCAAAACACUGGAUCAAAAUGACCGGGAGUAUGAGGCCUACCUGGAAUGGAAACUGAAAGGAGACAUUUCAAAUCCAAGGCUGCUUACAGCAAUGAAGGAACGCAAAUGGGGAGUGCAAGAUAUCACUCAGGACAAUUACAUUGACACAUUUGAGUGCAUGGUGUGUAACAGAGUGUGGGAAAACAUCAGAAGAGAAGAAAAGGGAUGGCUGCCCCAGAGGUGGAGUGCUCAGGUUAAACAUCUGAACUGCCCCAAACCUGAGGCUUUCCGGUUCUCCUCUUCAAAUCCCAGCCAGACCUCUCUCCAAGAGAUGUGGAUAGCAAGUUUUGAGCAGUCUAAGAAGGAAGCUUGGGCGCUGAGGAAGCUGGUGGAAAGGAACAGGAAUUUUACAGCUCAAGAAUUUUGGAUGCUUGUAUUCAAAGAGUAAAUGCAACAACUGUAAAACAAAGUGAACUCCUCAGAGAAAACUAUGGAUUUUAUUUUAUUUUAUUUUGAAAGUUCCCUUAUUGUAUAUAGGAUUGGAAGUAGACAUGGAAGACUGACUUUAGUAUGUUCAGUGUUUAGUCUAAGGUGCUAAGCAGUAGAACCACGCUACUGGAUGGCAGGUGUAUGUAUUUGUACUGUCAUCAGCUCAGACAUCUGAGCAUUCUAGCACGAGUUCAUCAGGAUUCUUAGGGCCCAGUGUCAAUCACAUAGCUAGUGCCCGUGAAGCAAAUGGAUCACUCCCUGUCUUCAGAUACAUGCCUAUUCAUAGCCUCACAACUCCUUUCUUCCCCAGUCCAGGAUCUUCAUUUGCUGCACUGACAUCCACAAGCUGAAGAACAGCUGACAUCGUUACACUGGUACAGCUUGUGUGCUGCUUAGGAUGUAGGGAAAAAAUUGGGACUGUGUCCCUGGCUAGUUGUUUAUUAUCAAUUUCCCUGGCAUCAGCAGAUUUGGCAGGGACUUGGUGGGCUUUGUGUCCUGACACUGAAUGCCAAUGUAAAGUGCAUUAGUACUUGGCACAGGAAAGCACCAUCUGUUAGUGUUCGGGGACAGAUUGAAUGAAAAACGUGCUGGCUCAGAUUUACCCACUAUCUUCUGCUAAAAUAAGCAGAGCACACAAAUGUCUCCACUCCACAGAAACAGGGCUAGCCUCAGUCUCACUUGACUUCUCGCCUUUCUGAUGAUGGACUAAUUUUUGUGUAAUGUAUAAACAUGGAAUUGUGUGCUUGAAAGGUCAGGAAUAAAACUGAGAGUCAGUUGGUGCUGAAAAGUCUUCAAAAACCUCAAGAAAACAAGCUUAAGCAAACUGCCCACCUGUUCUAGCAUAGAAGACCCGAAUAAUAUACGUUGCUCCAAAAGUAAUGCCUCCUAUUUAUUUCCAUGGAAACUACAACAGAUACAAAGAGCCCAAUAACACUAUUUGAUAAAGCAA